GCAGCUUUCUGAUAUCGAUUAAGUCUGAUUCAAGGAGUGAUGUUUUACUUUUUGAUUAUUGCCUUAAUUGGCAAUACAUUACUGAUAACUCCACCUGUAUCAGCUCAUUUUGGAAAGCAUUUAGGUGGUGGAUUUUCUCUAGGAGUUGGAGGUGGAAAGCAUGCAUCAAUAGGAUUUGGUCAAGGAAUAAAUAAACAAAUUCAAGGUGGUUUUGGACUUGACUUCAAUGUUGAGAAAAAUGUCGGUGGUUCUGCAAAUGGACAAGGCGGUGUUUUUUUUGAGAAGCACUUCGAAGUUGACGUUAAUGCGAAUAAACACUUAGGCGGCCAUGGUGGAGCUGUUGGAGGAGGAGAAUUUGUUGUUCAAGGAGGACAUGGAGGUGUCAACAAAGGCUUCAAUUUUAAUUUAAAUGUUGAUAAAAAUGUACACAGUCAUGGUGGAGCUGUUGCAGGAGGCGAAUUUAUUAUUCAAGGAGGACACUCUGGAGGUAUUCAACAUGGACAUGGAGGACAUUACGGCUAUGAUAACAAUCAAGGUCACUCUGGAGGUAUUCAACAUGGACAUGGAGGACAUUAUGGUUAUGAUUACAAUCAAGGAGGACACUAUGAUUAUGGCUAUGUUCCUGGAAGUGUUGGAAAAGAAAAAGUAAUUAUUGAAGUAGUUGGAAAUAAACAUCCUCAUAGUCAUGGAGGACAUUAUGAUUAUGGUUACGUUCCUGGUACAGCUGGAAAUGGACAAGUUGUCAUUGAAGUAGUUGGUGAUAAACAUUAUGGUUAUGGUCAGGGCGAAUCAGCUUGGAAAGAUCAUGGCUAUGGAUACGAUGUCACUACUGAAAAGCAUGUCAGUGGUCAAGGAAGUGGUUCCUUAGGAGGAGAAUUUUCAUUUGAUGUAUCUGGCGGUAACCAAGGAUCAUUCGGUCUUAACAAAGGACAUGGAGGAAGUGUACACCAAGGAUAUGACUACGGGGUUGAAGCAGGAAAACAAACUUUAGGAGGAGGAGCAGUUGGAGGAAACUUCGGUUUUGGAUACCAAAAACAUGGUUCAAUAGGUUUUGAACAUGGUCUUCAAGGUAGUAAAAAUUUUGAUUUUAACAUAAAUGUCAACAAAGAUAUUAGUGGUGGACACUCCCAUGGCGUUUCCGUUAACAAACAAGCAUCAUUCGGUUUUGGAUUGGGUGGUGGAGUACGAAAAAGUGGCGAAUUCGAAGUAAAUUCUAAUACUGGAAGAGGAAAUGGCUUUUACUACGAAUGGCAUGGUAAUCGUGUACUAUGUCCGAAUAGAUAUCCCCAAUAUCCUUCUGAAAGCGGUAACACUAAUAGCGUAACUGAGUCAAAUUCAGGAGUUACUACCACUGAUACUACGAAAGUUGAAUCAAAAGACCACCAAAGUAGACAAUUUUUAUUUGAAUCCUCGGCUGAAAACAAAUUCAACCCACCACCAGUAAAUCCUAAAGAUGGAGUCCCUGAUGGAUUAAAUUUAGUGGAAGAACCAAGACCAGAACUUCCAGCUGACCCAAGGAGAAGACAUAAAAAAAAAGAUUCAGAUGAUGACGACAAUAAAAAAAAGUCGGUAACAGGUCAGCUAUCAUUCGAACAUUCGGAAAGCAGAGAAUCUUUUGCAAGCAAAAAAGAUCGUUCUGAAUCAGGAAAAAAAUCGUUCACCAAAGGAAUAGGUCACGGCCUGAAAAAGGAAAAAAAUUUAAACAUAAACGUCAAUGUAGAUAAAAAUGUUGUUACUAAAGGAGAAGGAUCGUCUAGCGGAAGCUUAUCAUUAGAUAUAAGUAAAGAUAAGACAUUCACCUUGGGUAAAGACAAAAGUCGUGGUAAAAAAAAAGAAACUAAUGUAAAUAUUAACAUACACCUAAACAAAGAUACGACCAAUACAGUAAGUGGAUCAUCAAAUAAUGAGCUAUCAUUAAGUGGUAACAGUAAUCAGCAACACCAAAUAAGUAGUGGAUGGAAUGCUAAUGAUGACAGAGAAGAUCAUUGGAACAUGAACGGUAAUGUGAACAAAGACACAUCUCACCAAGCAAGUGGAUCAUUAGGAGGUAGCUUUUCUCUCAGUGGAAGCAGUGACAAACAAGGAUCAUAUGGUGUUGGUUGGGGUCAAGGUGGAAAACAAGAUAGUAAUGCUCACAUUAAUGUAAAUGUGAACAAAGACACAUCUCACCAAGCAAGUGGUUCAUCAGGAGGUAGCUUUUCUCUCAGUGGAAGCAGUGACAAACAAGGAUCAUAUGGUGUUGGUUGGGGUCAAGGAGGAAAACAAGAUAAUAAUGCUCACAUUAAUGUAAAUGUGAACAAAGACACAUCUCACCAAGCAAGUGGUUCAUCAGGAGGUAGCUUUUCUCUCAGUGGAAGCAGUGACAAACAAGGAUCAUUUGGUGUUGGUUGGGGUCAAGGAGGAAAACAAGAUAGCAAUGCUCACGUUAAUGUAAAUGUGAACAAAGACACAUCUCACCAAGCAAGUGGAUCAUUAGGUGGUAGCUUUUCUCUCAGUGGAAGCAGUGACAAACAAGGAUCUUUUGGUGUUAGUUGGGGUCAAGGAGGAAAACAAGAUAGCAAUGCUCACAUUAAUGUAAAUGUGAACAAAGACACAUCUCACCAAGCAAGUGGAUCAUCAGGUGGUAGCUUUUCUCUCAGUGGAAGCAGUGACAAACAAGGAUCAUUUGGCGUUGGUUGGGGUCAAGGAGGAAAACAAGAUAGCAAUGCUCACGUUAAUGUAAAUGUGAACAAAGACACAUCUCACCAAGCAAGUGGAUCAUCAGGUGGUAGUUUUUCUCUCAGUGGAAGCAGUGACAAACAAGGAUCAUUUGGCGUUGGUUGGGGUCAAGGAGGAAAACAAGAUAGCAAUGCUCACGUUAAUGUAAAUGUGAACAAAGACACAUCUCACCACGCAAGUGGUUCAUCAGGAGGUAGCUUUUCUCUCAGUGGAAGCAGUGACAAACAGGGAUCAUUUGGUGUUGGUUGGGGUCAAGGUGGAAAACAAGAUAGCAAUGCUCACAUUAAUGUAAAUGUGAACAAAGACACAUCUCACCACGCAAGUGGAUCAUCAGGUGGUAGCUUCUCUUUAAGUGGAAGCAGUGACAAACAAGGAUCAUUUGGCGUUGGUUGGGGUCAAGGAGGAAAACAAGAUAGCAAUGCUCACGUUAAUGUAAAUGUGAACAAAGACACAUCUCACCAAGCAAGUGGAUCAUCAGGUGGUAGCUUCUCUUUAAGUGGAAGCAGUGACAAACAAGGAUCAUUUGGCGUUGGUUGGGGUCAAGGAGGAAAACAAGAUAGCAAUGCUCACAUUAAUGUAAAUGUGAACAAAGACACAUCUCACCACGCAAGUGGAUCAUCAGGUGGUAGCUUCUCUUUAAGUGGAAGCAGUGACAAACAAGGAUCAUUUGGCGUUGGUUGGGGUCAAAGAGGAAAACAAGAUAACAAUGCUCACGUUAAUGUAAAUGUGAACAAAGACACAUCUCACCAAGCAAGUGGAUCAUCAGGUGGUAGCUUCUCUUUAAGUGGAAGCAGUGACAAACAAGGAUCAUUUGGCGUUGGUUGGGGUCAAGGAGGAAAACAAGAUAGCAAUGCUCACAUUAAUGUAAAUGUGAACAAAGACACAUCUCACCACGCAAGUGGAUCAUCAGGUGGUAGCUUCUCUUUAAGUGGAAGCAGUGACAAACAAGGAUCAUUUGGCGUUGGUUGGGGUCAAGGAGGAAAACAAGAUAGCAAUGCUCACGUUAAUGUAAAUGUGAACAAAGACACAUCUCACCAAGCAAGUGGAUCAUUAGGUGGUAGCUUUUCUCUCAGUGGAAGCAGUGACAAACAAGGAUCAUAUGGUGUUGGUUGGGGUCAAGGUGGAAAACAAGAUAGCAAUGCUCACGUUAAUGUAAAUGUGAACAAAGACACAUCUCACCAAGCAAGUGGUUCAUCAGGAGGUAGCUUUUCUCUCAGUGGAAGCAGUGACAAACAAGGAUCAUAUGGUGUUGGUUGGGGUCAAGGUGGAAAACAAGAUAGCAAUGCUCACGUUAAUGUAAAUGUGAACAAAGACACAUCUCACCAAGCAAGUGGAUCAUCAGGUGGUAGCUUCUCUUUAAGUGGAAGCAGUGACAAACAAGGAUCAUUUGGCGUUGGUUGGGGUCAAGGAGGAAAACAAGAUAGCAAUGCUCACGUUAAUGUAAAUGUGAACAAAGACACAUCUCACCAAGCAAGUGGAUCAUCAGGUGGUAGCUUCUCUUUAAGUGGAAGCAGUGACAAACAAGGAUCAUUUGGCGUUGGUUGGGGUCAAGGAGGAAAACAAGAUAGCAAUGCUCACAUUAAUGUAAAUGUGAACAAAGACACAUCUCACCACGCAAGUGGAUCAUCAGGUGGUAGCUUCUCUUUAAGUGGAAGCAGUGACAAACAAGGAUCAUUUGGCGUUGGUUGGGGUCAAGGAGGAAAACAAGAUAGCAAUGCUCACGUUAAUGUAAAUGUGAACAAAGACACAUCUCACCAAGCAAGUGGAUCAUCAGGUGGUAGCUUCUCUUUAAGUGGAAGCAGUGACAAACAAGGAUCAUUUGGCGUUGGUUGGGGUCAAGGAGGAAAACAAGAUAGCAAUGCUCACAUUAAUGUAAAUGUGAACAAAGACACAUCUCACCACGCAAGUGGAUCAUCAGGUGGUAGCUUCUCUUUAAGUGGAAGCAGUGACAAACAAGGAUCAUUUGGCGUUGGUUGGGGUCAAGGAGGAAAACAAGAUAGCAAUGCUCACGUUAAUGUAAAUGUGAACAAAGACACAUCUCACCAAGCAAGUGGAUCAUCAGGUGGUAGCUUCUCUUUAAGUGGAAGCAGUGACAAACAAGGAUCAUUUGGCGUUGGUUGGGGUCAAGGAGGAAAACAAGAUAGCAAUGCUCACAUUAAUGUAAAUGUGAACAAAGACACAUCUCACCACGCAAGUGGAUCAUCAGGUGGUAGCUUCUCUUUAAGUGGAAGCAGUGACAAACAAGGAUCAUUUGGCGUUGGUUGGGGUCAAGGAGGAAAACAAGAUAGCAAUGCUCACGUUAAUGUAAAUGUGAACAAAGACACAUCUCACCAAGCAAGUGGAUCAUUAGGUGGUAGCUUUUCUCUCAGUGGAAGCAGUGACAAACAAGGAUCAUAUGGUGUUGGUUGGGGUCAAGGUGGAAAACAAGAUAGCAAUGCUCACGUUAAUGUAAAUGUGAACAAAGACACAUCUCACCAAGCAAGUGGUUCAUCAGGAGGUAGCUUUUCUCUCAGUGGAAGCAGUGACAAACAAGGAUCAUAUGGUGUUGGUUGGGGUCAAGGUGGAAAACAAGAUAGCAAUGCUCACGUUAAUGUAAAUGUGAACAAAGACACAUCUCACCACGCAAGUGGUUCAUCAGGAGGUAGCUUUUCUCUCAGUGGAAGCAGUGACAAACAAGGAUCAUUUGGCGUUGGUUGGGGUCAAGGAGGAAAACAAGAUAGUAAUGCUCACAUUAAUGUAAAUGUGAACAAAGACACAUCUCACCAAGCAAGUGGAUCAUCAGGUGGUAGCUUUUCUCUCAGUGGAAGCAGUGACAAACAAGGAUCAUUUGGCGUUGGUUGGGGUCAAGGAGGAAAACAAGAUAGCAAUGCUCACGUUAAUGUAAAUGUGAACAAAGACACAUCUCACCACGCAAGUGGAUCAUUAGGUGGUAGCUUUUCUCUCAGUGGAAGCAGUGACAAACAAGGAUCUUUUGGUGUUAGUUGGGGUCAAGGUGGAAAACAAGAUAGCAAUGCUCACGUUAAUGUAAAUGUGAACAAAGACACAUCUCACCACGCAAGUGGUUCAUCAGGAGGUAGCUUUUCUCUCAGUGGAAGCAGUGACAAACAAGGAUCAUUUGGCGUUGGUUGGGGUCAAGGAGGAAAACAAGAUAGCAAUGCUCACGUUAAUGUAAAUGUGAACAAAGACACAUCUCACCAAGCAAGUGGAUCAUCAGGUGGUAGUUUUUCUCUCAGUGGAAGCAGUGACAAACAAGGAUCAUUUGGCGUUGGUUGGGGUCAAGGAGGAAAACAAGAUAGCAAUGCUCACGUUAAUGUAAAUGUGAACAAAGACACAUCUCACCACGCAAGUGGUUCAUCAGGAGGUAGCUUUUCUCUCAGUGGAAGCAGUGACAAACAAGGAUCAUACGAAUCUAGCUUAGGCAUUAGUGGUAAACAUGAAAGCAGUUCAGAAGUUAAUGUUAAUAUUAACAAAGAUUCUUCGAAAGCGGGGUCUUCAAGUAGUGGAUUUUCGCUAGAUCUCAAUAGCAAUAAGCAGCAUUCAUUUGGAACUGGAUUAGGGCUUGGUGGAAAAAAAGACGUCAGCAUCAGUCUCAAUAUAAAUGUCCAAAAAGAAGGUUCCACAGAGAAGAAAGGUUUAUUUGGAUUAGGAUGGGGAGCUGGAAGCAAAAAAGAGAGCAAUGUUAAUCUUAAUGUUAAUGCUCAAAAAGAAAGCUCUACCGAGAAAAAAGGUCUUUUCGGAUUAGGAUGGGGAGCUGGAAGCAAAAAAGAGAGCAAUGUUAAUCUUAAUGUUAAUGCUCAAAAAGAAAGCUCUUCCGAGAAAAAAGGUUUAUUCGGACUAGGAUGGGGAGCUGGAAGCAAAAAAGAGAGCAAUGUUAAUCUUAAUGUUAAUGCCCAAAAAGAUAGCUCUACCGAGAAAAAAGGGCUUUUUGGACUAAGUUGGGGAGCUGGAAGCAAAAAAGAGAGCAAUGUUAAUCUCAACGUUAACGCUCAAAAAGAAAGCUCUACCGAGAAAAAAGGUUUAUUCGGACUAGGUUGGGGACUUAGUGGUCACAAAGAAAGCAGUUCAAACUUUGACUUUAGCGCACACCAAGAAAGUUCUUCUGAAUCAUCAUCAAGCGGUGGUUUUUCUCUCAAUGUAAAUAGUAAUGGUCAGAACAAUAUCGACAAACAUCUCUCAGUCAAUCGUGAAAGUCAUCACAGCUCCCAUUCAAAUAGUAACGUCGAUGCUAGCUCCCACAAUCAAUUCAUAAGUUAUGGAGACGGCCACAUCGGUGGAAGUGGAUCAUCAAGCGGUGAAUUUGGAUUUGAAGCUUCAGGUCAUAAAGAGUUUUCAUAUAAUCAUGCAUCUGAACAAUCAAGUCAGUCUAGUUUCAAUUUCAACAAAGAAAUAUCUGGUACUGGAUCUAUUUUAGUUGACGGUUCAUCUGAUGACCCGGUCGGAGGGCAUAUUAUUGGAAUUCUUUCAGGUCUUCCAAUAAAUUAUUCUGCUAAAGGACAAAGCACAGAAAAAACGACAGAACAAACCAUACAACAAACCACAGCGGCUGCUUAAACUUAAUUUAUUAAACUAGAAAUAUUAUUUAUUUAUUAUUGUAUUGUGUUUAUUACCAAUCGAUUCAUCUAUGUCAAACAUUGAAGAUCACAUUCGCCUUGUAUCUUUCGUAAAAGUCUUAAUCUAUUUAUACACUUCAGAUCAAUAAACAAAAUUAUUAAUAUUUUACAGUU